ACGUCAAAAAAGACAAACACCUGCUCUGGUAAUAAUAAAAGUUUAUAGAUUAACUAAUGAGACGUGAGGUAUGUUUUCAUAUCUGAACCUCUAAGCGACGGAGACACCGAGUUAAAAAUUCAUGUGGGUGCGUUUUGAGUCAUAGGUGAGGGUGACUGAGUUCGGCUGAGUUCUUCUGAGAUAUAUUUUAUUAUCGUGCAUGUUCUUAUUCAACUGGAGCGCAAACUUAUGACAUUUGACACAUCCUGGGAGCGGGGCUGCAAAUGGGCGGCAUAGGUGGCAACCUCUACCUCAGUAUGUUGAAUGGGACUGAAGCGCAAACUUUCGGAAAGAACGCCGAUAUCAGCAGUCACUUCCACCGCGGCGGCAAGGAUCUAACCGAGUUUAAAAUGGGGAUUCAGGACGCCAGGUUUUACUACGCGGACUCUGUUCAAAGCGGGCAGGACGCGCUAUCAUACCACCCGGACCAGGCGAUGGGAGUGUACGGAGCGCAGCCCGCCAGGUUGUACGCACAGACCCUCAGCAGCUGCCCGUACGGCGGCGUGCGCUCUCCGCCGAGAAGCGGAGCCGGACAGGGUUACAUCCCGACUGCAGGAGACGGGUUUCCUACGGGCGGCAAAGACGUCUACUCCCCUUCUCCGGAGAAUUAUCCAGCGAGCUUUCAGCACGGGUACCAGCGAUCGCCUCUCUACCCUUUACCUGGGCUACAGGUGUGCGGGAAGACUCAGGCUCUGCUCAAUAACUACCCGCUAUGGGCCAAGUUCCACAAGUUCCAAACCGAGAUGAUAAUCACCAAACAGGGGAGGAGGAUGUUCCCCUUUCUGAGCUUCAACAUCAGUGUUCUGGAUCCCACUGCCCACUAUAACGUCUACGUGGAUGUGGUUCUAGCUGAUCAGCACCACUGGAGGUACCAGGGCGGCAAGUGGGUCCAGUGUGGGAAAGCAGAGGGAAACAUGCCAGGGAACAGGAUGUACAUGCAUCCCGACUCGCCCAACACAGGAGCUCACUGGAUGAGGCAGGAGGUGUCGUUCAGCAAGCUCAAGCUCACUAACAACAAGGGGAGCACCAACAAUGUAGCACAGAUGAUAGUUCUCCAGUCACUCCAUAAAUACCAGCCUCGUCUUCACAUCGUGCAGGUGAAGGAGGACGGUACGGAGGACGCCUUCCUCUCUUCGAAGGCUCAGACCUUUGUCUUCCCAGAGACUCAGUUUAUUGCUGUCACUGCUUAUCAAAAUGCAGAUAUUACUCAGCUGAAAAUAGACCACAACCCCUUCGCUAAAGGUUUCCGUGACAAUUAUGACACGCUGUACGCUCCUCCCGACGCUGAUCGCCUCACCCCCUCCCCUACAGAGGGCCAGCAGCUGCUGCCAGGGAGCUGCUACCCCCAAGGCUACCUCUCUGAACAGUACAUGAGCCCCCUGCCCCAGAGCCGCUUCUAUGGCCGCGAGCACAUUGGUGUGGGCCAGCAGCACAAAGACCCAUCCGCGAGCCCUGGUCCUCACAGCCGCUGGUACCUGUCGCCUCAGCAAGGUGUGGCUCCAAACCGGCUUGACUUCACUUCCUCCUAUGAGGGGGACUUCUCUGGCAAUGGUUUCUACAAGCCCUUACCCUUGCAGACAUCUGCUCACCAUGCCCUCAGCUACUAUCCAGACCAUCCUUUUGCAUCUACCAGCGUGUCUGUAUCAGGAGCCACCUCAGCAGGCUGGAGCGCCAGCCGGCCCACACCACAGUACCUCAGUCACGCCAGUAAGCCCGGCCCCAGUCUGGGGUGGUUUAGACCCAUAUCAUCCUCUUCGUCUUCCUCCUCAUCUUCUAUAUCACCUGGGAACCCCAGGCUGCACCCUCCUACACUCCUGGACUCUCUGCAGCCACCCCUGCUGCAAGACAAGCCCAAAGACACUGUGGGAGUGGUGGCAGAGGACCCCUGGCUCGAACCACCUUCCGUGAAAUCGGCGGACUCGGGCGACUCGGGCCUAUUUGAGGGCGGCGUGGGGGAAAACAAGAAGAGGAGGUGUCACCCUACACGUCCCAGCACUGAAAACUCCCCACCUCCACGCAGUGGAGAGGUCUGUGAAAAAGACAGCAACAGCGACGCAGACUACUAUGGUUAUUACACCCACUGAAGACCUCACACAUUACUAUGGUUGCCACAGUGUCUCCCAACACCUUCCCACACAGCCUGCAUUCACACAUUCGGUCAUGAUGAGGAGCCAGAACAGUCGCUGGUUUUGCUGCAGAAAAGUGGAC